CCUGCUCGUGCAGGCAGAUUGAGAAUGCGCAGCUACUGAUCAGCCCGCCAAUGCGGCUCCACUGGCUGGCCCCGCUGCAGCCCUGUUGGCUCGCUUCGUUGCCUACGGUGCUCCUCCAUUCUCACUCCGCCCGCUCGCUCCAUUGGCUCGCUCCGCGCUCGCUCCAGCCUCGCCGCUCCGCCAGCUCGCUCAGCGCGGGCCGCUCCGUACAGUAAGCGCUCUUCGGCACACUCCGUUGGCUUGUUCGGUUGGCUCGCUCCGCUGGCUCUCUCCGCUGGCUCGGUGGCUGGCUCUACAGCCCAGAGCCUACUCUCGCUCCGCUCCGCUGGCUCGCUCCGCUCCGCUGGCUCGCUCCGCUCCGCUGGCUCGCUCCGCUCCGCUGGCUUGCUCCGCUCCGCUCACUUGCUCCGCUCACUUGGUCCGCUCCACUGGCUCGCUGGCUCGAUGACUUGGUCCGCUCCGCUCACUUGACCCUCACGCUCCCUGCCCGCGCGCCCAUCGGUGCCGCGCUGAAGGUCUGCCUCACUGGCACGACAAGGCGCCCCGCACAAAGAACACCGACAUACCCACACCACCCGUCGCCCUGUGCCGCGAGGGGGGGCGGGCCAUCAGGAUCAGCUCUGGCGAGCGCUUGAGGCUGGGGUUUGGGCGGGGUUUGGGCGGGGGUGGGGCGGGGGUGGGGCGGGGGUGGGGUGGGGGUGGGGUGGGCGGGGGUGGGGCGGGCGGGGGGCGGGGGGUGCGGCG